AACGUUGUGCUGCUCUGUGUCUUACUCCAAGUAGAGGUGAAGGCCACAGCGAUGGAGGAGGAUGGGCCCAGUGGCGCCCCCUGCGGAGAGCACCAGGAAUCACAGGAGGAAUUCGAAUGUCCCAUAUGCCAGGAGGUCUUCAGAACACCGAUAAGGACCAAGAGCUGCGGACACGUGUUCUGUAGGAGCUGCUUCGUGGCGGCCGUGCGAACACGGGGCCCCAGCUGUCCCCUGUGCCGGGGGCCAGUGUGCGAGGACGAGAAGAGGGCUGCCGACGUCCAGAGGCAGAUGAGGGAGCGAAAGGGGAGCUGCCGCGCGUGCGGAGCGCUGUGUUUCCUCAGCAGGAUGAGGACCCACUACAGGUACUGCAGGAAGUACGCCGAGGAGUACGGGGGACCCCCUGCGGCCGUCGCUCUGCCCGGAGCCCGGGCGGGCGACCCUAACGGCGCAGGGGCUUCGCCCAUCGAGGGGCCUCUCUCGAUGUACUGCUGCCCCUACUGCCCCCUACAGGGUCUCCGCGACACGGCCUUGGUGCAGCACUGCCUGGGGUCUCAUCCCACGGCACGGUCUCCGGCGGUGUGUCCCAUCUGCGCCGCCACGUCCUGGGGGGAUGCGAGCUACCGCAGCGGGAACUUCAUCGGGCACCUGCGGUUGAGGCAUCGGUUCAGCUACAACAACUACAUGGACAUGAAUGAGGACGAGGACGUCCAGGUCAACCGUGCCCUCCAGGAGUCCAGAUACGCAUAUAGAGGCGUACGGGUCACGUCUAUAAAUCAAGGGAGCGGAGCAGAGGAGGAAGCGGCUGCGAGGAGCGCGGGGAUGGAGGGAGACGGUGCAGAAAGGGACCCCGACCACGAGUGUCCCAUAUGCAUGGAUGCGUUAAAGGAGCCGGUGCAGCUGCCAGCUUGUCGGCACACGUUCUGCAGGUUCUGCCUGAUGCGGUCAGUCGAGAGCAGACGCCACUGCCCCGUGUGCCGGGGGGACAUCGACGGGGACGUCAUACCCGCCGCCCGCAACACGUCGGGCGCCGGAGGGCAGGUUUGUCUCUGUCAAGCCGCUGUUUCAACUGCAGUCACAAAAAGAGGGACGACGGCGCGACUGGCGGAACGGACGCGUUUCAUGCGGAGCAAAAUUCGGACAGAAAUGCGAGUCCGAGUACCCGAGGUUCUCGGCAGGACGACGGCAUCCCGCGCGCGAACACCUGACGUCCCGGAGGCCUUUCUGAGAAGUAACCCAACGAUUCAACGUCUGCUGGAGCCGUACCGCGCCCAGAGGGUUCCGCCAAAUGCCACCCCUGCAGGUGCCCGACAGGUCAUCCUAGGAGCCCAGGGGGGUCCUGCUGCUGCACCUCCAGGACCCGUGUUUUCACAGCCCUCGAUCCCACCGUCACCCUCCUUCCCCGAUGAAGAAGACCUGUCCGAAAUUCUGGAGGCGGUGCAGUGUCCGGCGAACGGUCCCCAGGAUUCUCAGAGUUCACAGAAUUCCCAGAGCUCCUCCGUCAUGGCGUUUAGCUGCCCGUACUGCCAGCGGGGGGGUCUCGACGAGCUGGACUUGCUGGACCACUGUAACAACCACCACCAGCAUGACCCGAGACCUGUGGUGUGUCCGGUGUGCGCCGCUCUUCCGUACGGAGACCCUUCUUACUGUAGCAGGAACUUCAUCGGACACCUCAAUCUGAGGCACUGCUUCUACAGGGAGGACUUCAUGGACGUCCAGCAGAGCGACGCAAUGAACGAACAAGCGGCGCUCUGGGAGUCCCUCGCAAACGCUCGCUGAGGGUCGUCCCCCGCCGAACGACAGCGGCCGGCCGCAGAAGAAGCUCGUGGCUCCGCUUUCCUUCUCCGUGCGUGCGAGCGCUGAUCUAUCAUAUUCCCGAAAACAUGCCUUUCGCACAGAAGCUUGCCAUUUGUACCGUUAUGCCUCUAUAUAGUGCAUAACAUAUAAUACAUACAGCAUCCUUCCAUAAUAACUGAGCUGUCCCUCUCUCUCCAUAAGCUUGUUUUAUGAUGUGCAAUAACAUAUGCAGGUAGUACCUCGGUCCAUGGUAAAUAAGUGUAACGUGCCUCCCUAAAGUGUGUGCAUCUCUGAUUGUUCUCACUAGUAUAUUUUCCACCCGGACAAGUGAUCGUACCUGCGAAAUUGUGACCGCGUAGGAAUGUGUGAUCGUUUUCUGAAUC